GUUAGAAUUUGUCCAAAUGUGACCGCUUCAAGACUUGUCGAGUUUAAAAGAUUAGACCGUGAAGCAACAUUGAAAAUAGAAGACUCAAAGAUGAAAAAGGUCCUCCUACCACCUAAUGAAGGAAAACAUACAAAUAGUGAUUUUAUUAACCCAAAACUCAAAAGUCCUUUAGAAACUUCUUUCAAUCUUGGAGUUAGAGAUACUCUUGAUUGUGAAAUUGCAAAAAUGUUUUAUUCUUCAGGAUUACCAUUUCAUCUAGCGAGAAAUCCUUAUUAUAAGAGUGCAUUUUCUUACGCUGUCAAUACUUCUAAUCUUGGUGGAUAUGUACCACCAACAUAUGAUGAAUUGAGUGGUCCUUUACUCUUGAAAGAAAGAAGUCACGUAGAAAAUCUCUUGCAACCUAUAAGAGACUCUUGGAAACAUAAAGGUGUGACAAUUGUUAGUGAUGGGUGGAGUGAUUCUCAAAGAUCACUUAUAAAUUUUAUGGCUAUCACCGAGAGUGGACCAAUGUUUCUAAAGACAAUAGAUGGAUAUGGUAAGAUAAAGGACAAGGAUUUUAUUGCUAAACACAUUAGAGAUGCAAUCAUAGAGGUUGGACAAAAAAUGUGGUACAAAUUAUAACUGAUAAUGAAACAAUAUGUAAAGAAGCGGGUUUGCUCAUAGAAUUAGAAUUUCCUUCAAUCUACUGGACUCCUUGUGUAGUUGACACCUUGAAUCUUGCAUUGAAAAAUAUUUGUGCGGCAGAUAAUAUUUAUACUUAUAAAGAAUGUUUUUGGAUAACACAAAUGGUUGAUGAUGUUAUAUUUAUUAAAAACUUUAUUGUGGGGCAUUCUAUGAGAUUGUCAAUGUUCAAUACCUUCACGUCAUUGAAAGGACUUUCUAUUGCUCCAACAAAAUUUGCUUCGACCAUUGUCAUGCUCAAAAGGUUUAGAAGUUUGAAAGAAGGACUCCAAGAGAUGAUUCUCAGUGAUGAAUGGUCUUCUUACAAAGAAGAUAAUGUGGAUAGUGCACAAUUUGUGAAAAAAACUUUAUUGAAGGAUAAUUGGUGGAUGAAGGUUGAUUAUAUACUUAUUUUUACUGCCCUUAUUUAUGAUGUUCUUAUAAAAACAGAUACGGAUAUGGCCACUCUUCACUUAAUAUAUGAAAUGUGGGAUUCAAUGAUUGAAAAUGUGAGAAAGAUCAUAUACCAACAUGAGAGAAAGACAAAAGUUGAACAUUCAUCCUUCUUCGAGGCACUAAAAUCAAUAUUAGUUGAUCAUUGGACUAAGGGUAGCACAUCUCUUCAUUGUCUUGCUCAUUCUCUAAAUCCAAGAUAUUAUAGUCAUGAAUGGUUAAAUGAAGAUUCACAAAGACGUGCCCCACAUCAAGAUGUGGAACUUACUCAAGAAAGGAACAAAUGUUUUAAGAGGUACUUUGAUGAUGUGGAUGUAAGGAGACAAGUAGAUAUAGAGUUUGCAAAUUUUUCAGAAGGAAUGAAAGAUUUUGCGGAUGAAGACUCUUUAAGGGAUAGAGAUAAAAUGGAUGCAAAAUCAUGGUGGAUUGUUCAUGGAGUUUAUGCACCAACACUUCAAAAGAUAGCUCUUAAGCUACUUGGACAACCAUGUUCUUCUUCUUGUUGUAAAAGGAAUUGGAGUACUUAUUCUUCUAUACAUUCUUUGAAUAAGAUGACACCUAAAAGAACUGAGGAUUUAGUAUUUGUUCAUAGUAAUCUUUGUCUUCUCUCGAAAAAUUCCUCAAAACACAAAGAUGGGGAAAUUAAAUUGUGGAAUAUUGCAGAAGAUGACAUUUCAUUGCAUGACAAUGAAGCUCCUGAUUGGUGA